AUGGUGACAAUACACACUUCACUUUUGAUCCUUUCAUUUUGCAUUCGAUUCACACUACGUGUAUGCACGUUAAGGCCAACCGACAGAGAUAUCUAUCUCUUAAAGGCAUUGUGUUUGCAAAUACCAACUUAA